AUGGCAUCUGGCAUUAACAGUACGAAUGGCUCAUCGCUGAAUAUUAGCGACAGUCCAAGACCUCUUUCUACUGUCAUCAUGAUUUACAUUGAAAUUGUUCUCAUUCCAAUCAUCGUUGGAGGGAAUGGUCUUAUAAUCUGUGCUGUGUGCCGUUUCAAGACGCUGCAACAUCCCAGUAACGUUAUGGUUGUCUUUCUGGCUAUCGGUGAUUUUCUAAUGGGAGCAGUAUACAUACCAACAAAACUGUUGGCAAGUCCUGCAAACUUUUCAAAGAUUCCCUGCUUGAUAAACGUAUUUAACUCUUACGUUUGUAUUUCUUUGGCGAUUACUUUCUUAUCAAUGCUUUCGGUCGAGCGAUUCUACGCGGUGCAGUUCCCGUUCCAUUAUCACACUCGCAUGUCAAUAAAGACGAGUGUAACUUUGUGUGGAGUUAUUUUCGCUGGAGUGGUCAUUUUAAUGCUCCCCAUACUCAGUGGAAUCGAUACCUGGGCUUAUGGCAAAUACUGUUUUAACACGAACGUUCUACCCAAUUACUACAUCUGGACAUGCUUGUCCAUUAUGGGCUCCUUUCUGAUAGCGGGUUUCUUAUCUUUCAUACGCGUCGUGUUCGCAGAAGUUCAAAUAAGAAAAAGGAACAACGAACAGCGCUCACAGACCGCGUUUCGACAGCAGGAUUCGAUUAGAUCCACCUUGAUGAUUAUGGUGUAUAGUUUUUCUAUGAUGUGCUGGAUGCCUCAGCUUGUGUACGUCUUCUGGAGUGCUUUCAAGCCUGCUUAUUCCAAUGUUUAUGCAUUGAGAGCCGUUUCCAUUGUUGGUCUCUGCAGUUCAGGAAUCAACUUCUUCAUCUACGGGAUCAAGAACUCCAGAUUUAGAAACUCGUUUAAGAAGCUUUUUGGAUGCAAAGUAUCUACUGUUGGUCCGCCCCCUGAUACAGUUAUAAUGGAAACAUAA